AUGGUCCCGCUUCCUCUCCAAGCCGUCGUUCGAGGGCUUGUUACAACACCACCAGAGCUUACGCACCAAAUCAUCGAUGAUCUCCGCGUCUGGGACAUUCUCAGGCUUUUGAUUCAUGACAAUCUUUAUAUAAACGAUUGCAUUCUCUCACAUCAAACCUGUGGCCAGGUCUUCGAUCAUGACCACGGCAUUCUUGCCAAAGUGCGCGAGGCCGCUCGCUUCUAUUAUGAAUUUUAUUCAGACUGUCAACUUGAAAUGGCACCCAAGAACUCCAUCCUGGCCUUGAACAUCCUCUCUGUCAAAUCUAAACGAUACAACCAAAUUCUAGACACAAUGCACUCGCGCAUCUACGCCCAGAUUCAAUCGGCCACCAAGAUUGCGAAUCUGAAUCGUUACGCUCCGGAGCAUACUUCUGGGCCAGGACUUCCCGAAGUCUGGGACUACUCAACAGUUGAGGCCCUGGAAGAGCGCUGGAACGCCACGAAAGAAGCGAGGGGGAACCUUGCCCACAAGAGCAUUGCUCAGCUGCGUUGGGCUGCAGAUAUGCUACAAACGAACCCGGACAUCUUAAAGAGAACACUGGAUCCAGGCCAACAGCCGCGACGGAAUAUCGCGCAUGUCGUUCAGAGAAUGAGGUCUAGCGCCGACAAAAUUGCCAAAGUGCAUCGCCUCUAUUAUGCAGGCUCAGAGUACCUCCUUUAUGAAUUUUUUCCUAUCAUUCCGUUCGACUGGGCCUUGGAGGAGCUGAUCGAUAUGCUGGUAAAGCACCAUUUGGCCACCGAAAGCCCUGAUGGAGAAGCUGAAGUGCCCGAGAGGAUGCCAGAAGAUGGGAUUGCAAUUUCAAUUGAACAUCCCACAUCUAUCAAGCGCUCCGCCCAAAUCCUGAUCAUCGGAAUGCCAUAUUUCUAUUCAUCUUUUCCUCACUCGCUACCUCAUUCCAAGCAUCCUCUCAUAACAAAUAAGAAGAACCAGAUUUUCCGAACUGCGAACACGCCUUGGUCUGGAAAGCCGUUCAUAUUUCCGGACCUUAAUUUAGAGACCCCGUGUUUUACGCCACAUAAUUCUGGACCUCGCCCUGCGUUUCGUCGGGAUAAGCCGUUUCAACUGUAUGAGCCUCAUGAUGGAAGGGAAGAGGAAUGGUUAGAGGCUUUUGUGACUUUAUACCGCUAUUUCAAAGGCUUGGAGAGUGAAGGCCACGCCCGGACUUAA